AAACCCAGUCGCACCAAAAUUUUUCCUCGUCGCCAGGACACGGAUCGCCCUCGCCCUUGGACGCUCAUCUCGCACCUGGCCCCGGUCUCCCUCUGGACGCAUACCUCUGCCGGGCCCGUACGCCGUUGGAACUCUGAAACGAUGCCCUGCUCUGUCGUCUCCAGGCUCUGUCUCACCAUCAUCCGAGAGCACUUUGGCCCCGUUGUUGAAAAAGUCGCAGCCGCCCUCCUCACCCGUGGACGACUGACCCUCGCGAACCUGGUCCAGAUCUCAAAGCAAUCUGCCAAGAAUGUGCGCGAAUCGCUCUUCAUCCUGAUCCAGCACAACAUCGUCAUGUUCACGGAGCAGGCCGAGGGACUACGCAUCAUGGUGUUCUACAGCAUCGACGAGCUGCAGAUUAUGUUCCGAGACCGCUAUUCGCUCUAUGUGUCCAAGAUCGCUGAGGAGUAUGGUCAUCAGGGCCGAGACUUGGCAUUGUGCAUCAUCAAGCAAGGCAAAAGCAACUAUCCCACCAUCCUCAAGGAUCUCGAUGCCCGCGACGAAGCCACUCAGAACGAGAUCCGCUAUGUGUUGACUCGGCUGAUCGCAGAUCGCUUCCUCGUUGCAGUGGAGGUCUCCGACGCCAAGUCCAUCAUCGACAAGAACAUUGAGCGGGAGAAGGCUGCGAUCGCGGAAAUGGGCGGGGCCCCGUUGACCUCGAGCGAGCUGAAGAAGCUGCGAAAAAAGCUCUUUGAAACCCCAAGCUACGACGCGACCGUCUCGACUGGCUCGAAAAGAAAGGUGCUGGACUUUGACGAGGUAUCCAGAAAGAAAGUUGCCAUGGAAGACAGCAAAAUCGAAUACUCGGACGACCAGUUCUGGAAAAUCAACGUCGAGUACUGCAACAUUCACUGCCGCACGGAUAUCAUCGCCAAGCUCGCCACAAUGCGGAUCAGCAGCGGCGCCGGCCAUCUGAUAAGAGUAAUUCUGCGGAAGCUCCAGGACAAAAUGAAGACCUGCCGCGGCGAAAAAACCUCGGAGGAUAUUUCGCAGCUCUGGAUCUCGCAGGCCCUGCGAGACGACUCGAUGCUCAAGAUCGAAGGCGAGGACUCUGACAACCGGCUGGCGAGCUAUCUCGAUGUGCUCGCCGAGGAUCCUGCCGGUUUCCUGACCAAGAUCGACGAGCGCGGCGGUGGCACUUAUGUUGUCGCCCUUGAACGCCUCAAGGGGUAUCUUCAGACACUGGCGAUCGAGUCCAUGAUCUAUGAGCGAUAUGGGUCCGUGUUUUGUCGCAUCUGGCGCCUGCUCAAGAUCGAGGGCUAUCUGGACGAGAAGCAGGUCUCGAGGCUUGCCAUGAUCCCGAUCAAGACAGCACGCGAAUGUCUGAACGAGCUGAUGGCUGGGGGCUUCGUUUUCAUUCAGGAUGUUCCCAAGACCACCGACCAUGCGCCUUCGCGAACCUUCUAUCUAUUUGGAGUGUCGGUCGAUCAAUGCGUCGAGCGGAUGCUGCAGCAGUCGUACCGCAUGCUCAACAACGUCAAGCUGCGGCGGAAGAAGGAGCUCGAAGAUCGCCAGGUGCUACUGGAGAAGAUUGAGCGAACCGACGUUGCGCAGAACCUGGACCUACUCAGUGACUCCGACAAAGCCCAGUGGGGUCUGCUCAAGAAGACGGUUGGGCUGCUCAAAGCAACGGAGCUCCGACUGGACGAGCUGAUUAUGACGCUUCGAGACAUCUGAACAGGGCCCUGGAUGGCUGUGCGGCUGGGUGGGAGGGCGGCCCGGGUGUGCCAACGGAGGCAGAGGAGCGAUGUACAUCCGGAACGAGCGACGGCCGACUGAUAACAACGAAUGCAAUGCUGUCUCGAUGGCGUUGAUAUCUGCCCAGGCCAUGGCCGCUCGCUCGCGGUGGUCCCCAGCACGGGACGGCCGACAUCCAGUGGGGGUGGCCGACACCGACACGGCCG